GGAGCAGCUGGGAGGCGGCUCUGGGGGGAGCGAUCGCUGGGCUCAGGCCCGGCAGCAGGAAGUGACUCGCAGCCGCUGCGGGGACUCUGGCUCCAGGCUCCUGGCGAGAUCCCCGAGCCCCGGCGGCUGGUGCUGGGAGCCCGGAGCCCGGGCUGCAGCCGGGAGAGGGGAAUCUCCAGCAGGGCCCUUCCCGCUGCUCCCCAGGAGCCUCUCCCAGGGCAGAGCCCCCAGCCCGGCCAGGCCCCUUCCCGGCCCGGCCCCUGCCCCAGGGGGCCCCGCUCGGAGGGAAGGCUGAGGAAUCACGUCCACGUUUUUCUCCAGAUGGGCCCGUCUUCCAUGAGACAGGGAACGGAAAUGUCUGUGAUGGAGCCAGCUCAGAUGCCGGUGACCUUCGAGGAGGUGGCUGUGUAUUUCACUCAGGGGCAGGGGGCUCUCCUGGACCCUGCUCAGAGAGCCCUCUACAGGGACGUCAUGCAGGAGAACUACGAGACGGUGACCUCACUGGGAUUCCCCCUUCCCAAACCUGAGCUGAUCGCCCGGCUGGAACGAGGGGAGGAGCCCUGGGUGUCCGAUCUCCAAGUCUGCGAGGAAAGAAGGCUUCCGAGAAGCACCCGUACAGGUGCUGAGCGAGGGAGUGAGAAUGAGGCGGGGAAUCAUCAUGAGGAAGUUCCUGGGGAAGUGGAACCGCAGGGGACCUUUGUGGGAAGAGCUGAAGGGAAUUUUUCCCAGUGCUUGGAGCAGGCAGAAGCCUGGGGAAGUUGGCAUAGGUCAGAGAGGCUUCUGGGACACCUCCCAGGGAAGAAAGUGGAUGAAUCUGUUUACGGUGGGGGAGGAGAGGAGGAUCCCACAGCGCCGCAGACAAAUCCCAAGAAAGAGCCACCCUGGCACUACCUUCAGUCUCUCGAGUGCGGGAAAUGUUUCAUAUCAAAGACACAAAUAAUUAGACAUCAGUUAAGCCACACAGGGGAGAGACCCCACAACUGCUUGGACUGUGGGAAAAGUUUCACAGAGAGGGCAAACCUUUUUCAACAUCAGGCAUUACAAACAGGAGCGAGACCCCACAAGUGCUUGGACUGUGGGAAAAGUUUCAUAAGAAGGUCACACCUUGUUUAUCAUCAGGCAAUCCACACAGGAGAGAGACCCCACAAGUGCUUGGAUUGUGGGAAAAGUUUCAUAGAGCGGUCAAACCUUGUUUAUCAUCAGGCAAUCCACACAGGAGUAAGACCCCACAAGUGCUUGGACUGUGGGAAAAGUUUCAUACAGAGGUCAGACCUUGUUAAACAUCAGGCAUUACACACAGGAGAGAGACCCCACAAGUGCUUGGACUGUGGGAAAAGUUUCAUACAGAGGUCACACCUAGUUCACCAUCAGGCAUUACACACAGGAGCGAGACCCCACAAGUGCUUGGACUGUGGGAAAAGUUUCAUACAGAGGUCACACCUAAUUCGCCAUCAGGCAUUACACACAGGAGCGAGACCCCACAAGUGCUUGGACUGUGGGAAAAGUUUCAUAGAGCGGUCAAACCUUGUUAAACAUCAGGCAAUCCACACAGGGGAGAGACCCCACAAGUGCUUGGACUGUGGGAAAAGUUUCAUAAGAAGGUCACACCUUGUUUAUCAUCAGGCAAUCCACACAGGAGAGAGAUCCCACAAGUGCUUGCACUGUGGGAAAAGUUUCAUAGAGCGGUCAGACCUUGUUAAACAUCAGGCAAUCCACACAGGCGAAAAGCCCCACAAGUGCUUGGACUGUGGGAAAAGUUUCAUACAGAGGUCAGACCUUGUUAAACAUCAGGCAUUACACACAGGAGAGAGACCCCACAAGUGCUUGGACUGUGGGAAAAGUUUCAGACAGAGGUCACACCUAGUUCGCCAUCAGGCAUUACACACAGGAGAGAGACCCCACAAGUGCUUGGACUGUGGGAAAAGUUUCAUAGAGCGGUCAGACCUUGUUAAACAUCAGGCAAUCCACACAGAAGAGAGACCCCACAAGUGCUUGGACUGUGGGAAAAGUUUCAUACAGAGGUCACGCCUAGUUCGCCAUCAGGCAUUACACACAGGAGAGAGACCCCACAAGUGCUUGGACUGUGGGAAAAGUUUCAUAGAGCGGUCAGACCUUGUUAAACAUCAGGCAAUCCACGCAGGAGAAAAACCCCACAAGUGCUUGGACUGUGGGAAAAGUUAUUUACAAAGAUCAAGCCUUGUUCAACAUCAGGCAAUCCACACAGAAGAGAGACCCCACAAGUGCUUGGACUGUGGGAAAAGUUUCAUAAGAAGGUCACACCUAAUUCGCCAUCAGGCAUUACACACAGGAGCGAGACCCCACAAGUGCUUGGACUGUGGGAAAAGUUUCAUACAGAGGUCACACCUAAUUCGCCAUCAGGCAUUACACACAGGAGCGAGACCCCACAAGUGCUUGGACUGUGGGAAAAGUUUCAUAAGAAGGUCACACCUUGUUCAACAUCAGGCAAUCCAUACAGGAGAGAGACCCCACAAGUGCUUGGACUGCGGAAAGUGUUUCAUAUGGAGGUCUGACCUUAUUAAACAUGGAAGAAUCCACACAGGAUCUAAACUUCUGUGACACGUGUCAAGAAAGGUUUAAGCAACUUGCAUGUAAUUGACUCAGGGUCAACGUUUAGAGAGAGAUUUUAAAAGUGUGUCCACCUUAGAUAGCUAGAGAUUGAAAUGUAAAUGUGUAUUUUCAAAGACUUGGAAGAAGAGGGCAAGUCAUGUCUGAGUAACCUAAUUGCCUUCUAUGACGAGAAAGCUGGCUCUGUGGAUGAGGGAAAAGCAGUGGAUGUUUUAUUCCUUGAUUUUAGCAAAGCUUUUAUAUGAUCUCCUACAGAAUUCUUGCCAGCAAGUUAAAGAAGUGUGGCCUGGAUGAAUGGGCCAUAAAGUGGAUAGAAAGCUGGGUAGAUCGACUGGCUCAACUGGUAGUGACCAAUGGCUCCAUGUCUAGUUGGCAGCUGGUAUCAAGAGGAGUGCCCCAAGGGUCGAUCCUGUGGCCGGUUUUGUUCAGUAUCUUCAUUAAUCAUCUGGAGGAUGAUGUGGACUGCACCCUCAGCAAGUUUGCCGAUGACACUAAACUGGGAGAACUGGUAGAUACGCUGGAGGGUAGGGAUAGGAUACAGAGGGACGUAGACAAAUUAGAGGAUUGGGCCAAAAUAAAUCUGAUGAGGUUCAACAAGAACAAGUGCAGAGUCCUGCACUUAGGAUGAAAGAAUCCCAUUCACUGCUACAGACUAGGGACCGACUGGCUAGGCAGCAGUUCUGCAGAAAAGGACCUAGGAGUUACAGUGGAUGAGAAGCUGGAUAUAAGUCAACAGUGUGCCCUUGUUGCCAAGAAGGCUAACGGCAUUUUGGGCUGUAUAAGUAGGAACAUUGCCAGCAAAUCAAGGGACGUGAUCGUUCCCCUCUAUUCAACAUUGGUGAGGCCUCAUCUGGAGUAUUGUGUUCAGGUUUGGGCCCCACACUAAAAGAAGGAUGUGGAAAAAUUGGAAAGAGUCCAGCGGAGGGCAACAAAAAUGAUUAGGGGGCUGGAGCACGUGACUUAUGAGGAAAGGCUGAGAGAACGGGGAUUGUUUAGUCUACGGAAGAGAAGAAUGAUGGGAUAUCUGGUAGCUACUUUCAACUACCUGAAAGUGGGUUCCAAAGAGGAUGGAUCUAGACUGUUCUCAGUGGUACCAGAUGACAGAACAAGGAGCAAUGGUCUCCAGUUGCAGUGGGGAUAGUUUAGGUUGGAUAUCAGGAAACACUUUUUCACUAGGAGGGUGGUGAAGCACUGGAAUCGGUUACCUGGAGAGGUGGUGCAAUCUCCUUUCUUAGAGGUUUUUAAGGUCAGGCUUGACAAAGCCCUGUCUGGGAUGGUUUAGUUGGGGAGUGGUCCUGCUUUAAGCAGGGGGUUGGAGUAGAUGACCUCCUGAGGUCCCUUCCAACCCUGAUAUUCUAUGAUUCUAAGAGGGGUAACUGUAGUAGUCUAUGUUUAGCUAUCCAAAGUGUUCCUGUAUUCUGUUAAAUCAGGGAUCAAUAAUUCAGUGAUUAUGCCCAUGUCCCAUGCCACUUGCCCAAUUCCAGCUCAGUCUCUUUGAAUUCGCUGGGGGUAGGGGCUGAAGGAUGGAGGGAAAGUUUAUAGCUGAAAUUUUGCAAGGUUAGUGUUAAUCGGAUCUGUUCCGCUUUCCUGCUCGGACAUUUUCUCUGCGGAUCCCAGAGACGGAAAGGAGCAGGUGUUACUAUCUUGAGUCCGCAUCCCCAUGGUGACUCUCUACACUAUCAAUUAUCAAAAUGUGGGCAGAGCAUCCCAAUGGAGGCACAGGAAUGUGUCAGGGGAGGCGCGAUCAGUGUGGGUUGUUGGUUUUUUUUUUUUAAAGAGCACUGGCUUUCAGCCCCAGUUGGCUGGGGCUCAUGAGGAAGGAACAGGCCUAUCUGGGAGGUGGGGAUAAAUGCUCAGGCUCUCAAACCCAGGUGGAGCAGCAGCACAGAAGUCGGGGUGGCAAUGGGGUGAUAAGUCUGCUGUGAACAGCGAUAUUGAGGAAUAUCACUCUUCACGUGGCCACCCUAACUUCUGUGCUGCUGUUGGAGGCCUUCAGAGCUGUGCACAUCGCCAAUGACUACUCUGCCUUUAGAGCUGGGUGGUGAUAUAUGUGCUUUUCAAGGUGGGGGCGUAAAUGACCACAGACACCAAGGUGGGGGUGGCAAUGAAACACAUCUGAGAACCACUGGUCUACACUCUUAUGGGCACCACGUUUAUAAAAUGAUAAAUCUUCCCCAAAGUAUGGCUUGUGAGGUAUCAUGGGAAAAGUCAUCAUCUGCUGAAUAUUAUUGUCCCAUUAAAAUGUGUCUAUCAGCACUGUCCAUGGAGCUCUGAGAGUUUGCUGUAUGUUUGUUACAUGCUGUAAAGCUGGAAAACGCCCACAGACGAGCUCCUCAGAGACAAUGUCACCUGCACACCAGCUAGGUGCUACGUGGCCAGUAAUUGCUCAGCCGGCCGUUCACCAGCUGUGGAGCUGGGAACAGGAGAGUUACAAUUCUCCGGAAGGACGGCUGCACGCUCACUUAGGCCACAGACUGAUUGUCGCCUGCCCCCCGGCUGGGGGGUGAACCUCAAAGAGGAGAGUGGUAUAAAAGCACAAGGGAGAAUUGCCUCCAUUUUUACCUCUCCUCUCCCAUCUUUACAGAAGGCAACAAGAUGGCUUGAAAGGCAACAGGGAGGGUGGAUCAAGGCUGGAAGGAAAUCCAGCUUGGGUUUAAGAACUGUGAACUGCCUGCAACAGCGGGUGGGAUGCGAAAACCUGCUUGCUUCACAUUUUCCUUAGUUUGGUAUAAUUUAGGUUUUAAAAUGCAUGUUUUAAUUUUAUAGUUUUAACCGUUUCUGACCUUUAACAUCUUUCUCCCUUGUAAUCCCUGAAAACCCCCUUGCUCCAGUUACUAAACUGGUUUUAGUGUUUUGUCUGGA